UCAAACAACUUUUGCCGACUGAAAACAUAUCUUCGCCACCUUCCACGAUUCAGUUCUCUCCGUGCAGCAAACUCCACUUGGCCGUGCGUGAGAGCGUGCGUGCGUGCACCGAAAAAAAAAAAUAUCAAUGGCUUUCCAAGAAAAAUUUAAGCGUGAUGACGAAGAGAUGUUAGCAGAUCAAAGUUUUAAAACUGCCAAAAGCGACGAUGAAGACAAUGAGAUCCUCACGGAGAAAGAACCGGACGAAGAGGAAGAAGGAAAAGAAGGGCAAGAAAAAAAGGAUUCAAUUUUAAGGCAGCAGAGCUCUACCAGUGAAAACCGAAGACAAUCGUCUGUGUCUAAACCACCCUACUCCUAUAUAGCACUGAUCACAAUGGCUAUUCUGCAAUCACCGCAACGAAAACUCACCCUAAGUGAAAUCUGUGACUUCAUUAAACGGCGUUUCCCGUACUACCGCGAGAAGUUCCCCUCAUGGCAAAAUUCCAUAAGGCACAACCUCUCUCUGAACGAUUGCUUCAUGAAGAUGCCGCGUGAACCGGGAAACCCUGGCAAAGGAAAUUACUGGACGUUGGAUCCUGCCAGUGAGGGGAUGUUCGACAAUGGCAGUUUUCUGAGGAGGAGAAAAAGAUUCAAGAGACCGCGGCCAACGGAGGGAGCCGUUGGCGCUUUCGGGUUUCAGUACUAUUGGAAUUGCAUGGAAUCCUCGAGCUGGCGUCCGCCGUUGUACUCUCAUUUCCCAGUUCCAAGGUACCUGGCAUGUUUUCCGCCAGCUCUCGGCAGACCAACGGACCCUCCUACGUCGAGAGAAAGGCAAAGACCUGCCAAAUUCUCCAUCGCGAGCAUUAUCGGUUCGGAGACGGAAGAACACCGACCUUCGAAUAGCAAAGUAAGCCCUUCGUUGUCGUGUUGUUCCCCUGUGCGUUCAAGUUACAGCAACACUGUAAGACCUUGCAUUGUAUCAUCAAGUUCCUACUGUACAUACUGCAGCCAGAUGGCUGGGAAACGGUAGAACAAAUCUGAUGGUUUACUGGUUAAGCUGAAGUGUUUACGUUUGGGGCUUGUUUUUGAAUAGAAGCUGUUCGUUUUGGUAA